ACCAACAUGGCGCUGUUCAGUAAGCCCAUAACUGUACACAAUACUUGUUAUGAAAUUGGACAUUGCUGGUCGCCGUAUUGUGUUCAGGCGUCCGUAGAUGUUUCAAAAAUCGUGUUUCAAGAGGCCUUUAAACUCUACGGUUCUCUUUACUUGUUGGCGGCCAUACUGCGGAAGAAAGGCAAGUCUUACUAUUUGAAGAAACUUCUCCCUGAGACCCUGCAGUCCAGCUUCUUCCUGACUGUCAAUGGAACGUUGUUCUUGUCAUUCUUCUGUUUGUGGAGGAAAUUAGCUGGCUGUUACUAUUACUACAAUGCAUUUAUAUGUGGAAUACCUGCGUGCGCAGUGUCGUUACUGAUAGAAAGAAAAGACAGGCGGGGACUGCUGGCUGUUUACCUUACAAACUUGGCACUGGAGACAGCGUACAGAAUGGCCAAAUUCAGGGGCCUCAUCAAGCCAGUCGUACAUGGAGAGGUUCUUCUAUUCAGCAUCGCCUCCGCUGUCUACUUCUACCUCUUCAGACGCGAGUCGAGUCUGCCCCAGUCCACAAUCUCCGGCCUCCAAUACAUCGUAGGCUCAGCAGAGUGCCCUCAAUCUGCCACAUCACCUGGGCGAAGCUCUAACAACAAUGAGGAACCAGAGAGGUCAAGGUCGAGGACUGGUCUGGCACUGCUGGACAAGAUGGUGGCCCGCCUGGAGGCCAGUCCUCGACACAGGAUGUGUCAGCAUCGGGGUGGAUGUGUCCUGUAUGUUCUCAAGGGCUGUUACAGACUGUUCGGGAUGGGAUACUUGAUACAGGCUGGUGUCAAACUGCUGUCAUCUCUCACAAGACUCCACAAGCAGCCCCGGCUACUGUUUGAUGCUCUGUUCAAUAAAGACAACUUCAGACUCGGAGCCUUCCUAGGAUCUUUCUCAGGGUUAUUUAGGCUGGUGAACUGUGUGUUGCGAUGGGUUCGUAACCGUGACAGCAGCUUCCACGGUCUACUGUCUGGGUUUGUCGCAGGAUGGUCCAUGCUGUGGUACAAGAGUUCAACCAUCGCCCUCUACACCGCCACCAAGAUGGCCGAGAUGCUGUACUUCAAGGGGAUCGAUGCUGGUUAUCUCCCUUACAUCAAGUGUGCCGAUGUUCUCAUCUACUCCGUGUCCACUGCUGUUGCCUUUCAUGCUGCUGUGCUGGAACCCCAUACGCUGCGGCCAGCAUACUGGAAGUUCCUGAUACGGGUCACCCACGAAAAAUUCCGCCAUAUGAACCGGAGACUGCUGGAUGUGUUUGGGGUCCAGUCCUCCCUGAUGUUCCCGGACGACUGGCCGAACUAUGACCCCAGGUUCACAAACAUCACACCUCCCAGUUGAUGAUUGAACCCCACAGACUCACGUAGUGGGAUUGUAUUAACAUAGGAAUUGAUAUAUCAGGACAAUGUUUCACAUCAACGUUGACACAUCAGGACACCAUAUGACAUGCAGUCACAUUAAGACACCAAUAUUUGACGUGUCGAAUCACUAUCGACAUCAGGGGACGGCAAUGUCACUCAAGAAGCCAUUGUUUACACGUAUCGAUGCAUGUUUUCAACAGGUGUCGACACAUCUAGAAGUCAAUGUUAACAAGUUUCAAUGCAUUGAGAGGCCAAUGUUUUCAACAGGUGUCGACACAUCUAGAAGUCAAUGUUAACAAGUUUCAUUUCAUUGAGAGGCCAAUGUUUUCAACGGGAAUCUAGAAGCCAUUGUUUGGCUAUUGACUACUUUGCCACCAGCAGAUUAAUAAUUAUACCUUUUUUUAUGUUUUGUUACCGAUUCUACCAUUUCCAUUGCACAUUACUCCUUCUCUGCUUUUCGUAUCUAAGUUAUUCUUUGGUUCUUUUAUAAUAAUUAAUGCUGUUUUUAUUUAGUGCCUAUGAUUAUAAAUAAUAUAAUUUAAUAAUUACACAAUAUGUAUUAUCUCCUAUGCAUUGUACUAAGACAGACAGCUCUGUUUGAAACUCUAUUUAGAACAUGAAUCUGUACAAUACCUGUGCCUUUGAAUUAAUGACAGCUAGAUCUUAUGGUAAACCCGACUUAUAUAUAUAUGCUGACAGAAUAGAAUUAGGGAACUCGGAUCAAUAUGGCAGAAGAAAGUUUGCUCAGGAGGGAUGUUUCAUAUGAGAUAGGUGAAAGGUGUUGGGUUUGCCGGCUAUGUUCUUAAGCAACCUCAAGUUAUCUUCAGGGUACAUAGAGAUGUCAUAGGUCAUCACGUUUCUCUGUAACUUUUUUAACAUGGAGAUUUAGCAUCAGGACCUGCCAUGUUCGUGCCAUAAUACCUACCUACCGGAGUGCAUCGUAUUAUCAUAAUUGGUCACAAUAACUGUAGGACGUAAUAUGUAAGAGCACUUGAGCUGUGAAGUUCUUUAACGAACCUGGCCAGUUGUUUAUGGUGGCACAAUUACCUAUGCAGAGUUGUGUCCCUUAGGUACACCAGGAACCUGUUAUCGUGGAUUCGAGUGAGUAUGGUUUUACGACGCUUUUAGCAAUAUUCCAGCAAUAUCACGGCAGGGGACACCAGAAAUGUGCUUCACACAUUGUACAAAUGUCGGGUAUCAAACCCGGGUGUUCGGCGUGACGAGCAAACACUUUAACCAAUAGGCCACCCGACCGCCUCAUGGAAUCGAAUCCUGGUUCACUCUGAUGUAUGUUCCUCGGUUUGUCAGUGCCAAUACCUGUGCUUGUGGGCUUUGCCAAAGUAGUAAAUGUUUAAGACCUGCAUCUGUUCUUCCCACAUCAAGCUGACACUUCAAAGCAGCCUUAAACCAGACUCACUCACUGUUCAAAAAUAUUUAGGAAACAAUGAGGCAUGAGUGCAGUGAGUUUACCACAUCGGUGCAUCAGGAGGCAAUUGGUAUUUAAUCUGUCCCUGUAACCAGGGAAUUGGUUGUAACGAUACAAUUUGUCGCAGGAUGGAUCUCAAUAGUGAGGAUAGAUACAUGAUACCCUAUGGGAACAUUUUACACAUGUGGUGUUGAGUGUUCUCAUCAUUAAAGAAAGUAGAUCGAGAGGACACAAACAAAUGAAGUCAACAGUCAGUCAGGGCAGGUGUAGUCAGGGCAGGUGUAGUCAGGGCAGGUGUAUUCAGGGCAGGUGUAUUCAGGGCAGGUGUAUUCAGGGCAGGUGUAUUCAGUGUAGGUGUAGUCAGGGCAGGUGUAUUCAGGGCAGGUGUAUUCAGGGCAGGUGUAGUCAGGGCAGGUGUAGUCAGGGCAGGUGUAGUCAGUGUAGGUGUAUUCAGUGUAGGUGUAUUCAGUGUAGGUGUAGUCAGGGCAGGUGUAGUCAGGGCAGGUGUAGUCAGGGCAGGUGUAGUCAGUGUAGGUGUAUUCAGUGUAGGUGUAGUCAGGGCAGGUGUAGUCAGGGCAGGUGUAGUCAGGGCAGGUGUAGUCAGUGUAGGUGUAGUCAGUGUAGGUGUAUUCAGGGCAGGUGUAGUCAGGGCAGGUGUAGUCAGGGCAGGUGUAGUCAGUGUAGGUGUAUUCAGUGUAGGUGUAGUCAGGGCAGGUGUAGUCAGGGCAGGUGUAGUCAGGGCAGGUGUAUUCAGUGUAGGUGAAGUCAGGGCAGGUGUAGUCAGGGCAGGUGUAGUCAGGGCAGGUGUAUUGGGUGCAGGUGUAAACAGGACAGGUGUAGUCAGGGCAGGUGUAUUGGGUGCAGGUGUAUUGGGUGCAGGUGUAGUCAGUGUAGGUGUAGUCAGGGCAGGUGUAGUCAGGGCAGGUGUAUUGGGUGCAGGUGUAAACAGGACAGGUGUAGUCAGGGCAGGUGU